AAAAAUUGGUGUACAGUUUUGGGACAGGCUUGUGUAUUUUUUUCCUCGGCUUGUUUUCACUAGGAGUUGACAAAACAAAUGUGUGCCGCGGAGUCACGAGUCGGUGGGUCGCAGUUCAGGUGGAUCUAGAGGAUGGACACGGGGAAGAGAGUCCGGAGGAGUACACGAGGACUGCAAGAUCCGAUUUCACCGCUGCAUUUCACGAUCAGUAACAUCUAAACAUUUUCUCAGACUCGUAUGUCAACAGCGGUCAGUGAGUGUCUGAUUGCCGAGCUUGAUUUGUUACCUUGCUGCGAAGUUGCUGUCGCGCUAACGUUAAGUUACCUGUUUAUAUGAGUUUUACAUUGGCGCGACCACUUGUUGAAAUCUCACGAAACCAAGUUCAGUAUUGGGGGGAAUAAGAUUGAUUGAAUUGACCAUUCAAGUGGGCCGUUUGAAGAGUCGAAGGACUAUUGCCAUUUACAGUUCGUUUGUGAUAUUUUGAUUGUGUCAUAUCGCUCAUUAGCUGCUUAGCUGUCACGGCUGACUUUAUCCUGGAAGUUACCUGACCGAGCAAUAUCAAUCAAUUACACACAUUUAGACAGUUAUAUCACCAACUGUCUAUCUUAAUUCAUGAAUAAUGGUGGGCUCUUAAAUAUUUAUGCGGAAUAACAAAAAUAAAAAAAUAAUUGGAAUCGUUCUCGUCAGAAUCUAAAGUAACGUUAUUUAGCUCGCUAGCUAGAGUCGUUACUGAACUUGUUUCGUAAAUCCAAGUGAAAUAUUUAAGCUUUUCUGUUUGGCAUUGCACAGUAUUACACCUUUUUUCCUAUUUCCCCCAUGAUACAAAAUAAAAGCUGGUUUAAGUUAAUGAAUCCAAACGAAACUAAACUUGAAUAUUGAGCGAUGUCCAGUUUCCUGACAAACUUUUAGCAAAUUCGUUUAAUCGCCUUUAUACACUUAUUGGCGUAACGUUACAAGUUAUACCUAUAUAUAUACACAUCUUAUUUACUUUUCACUUAAGCUGAAUUAAGUCCGUUAAAUUGUUAAAAAUACGGUUUCAUCGCGUUUCCCAACUCAUUAAUGGUGGCAAAGCUCUUAUCAUUAAAGCAACCCCGUCAAACCUCUCUAAAGCAUCUGGGCUGUACCCUUACACGCAUUUAAGACAUGGAAGGACAACUUUAACACAUUUGACUUCUGUAUCGACAACAUUCAACCGUCAGUUCCCUGCGAAGUUGAUCUCGAAACUCUGCGGCCCAACCAUGUCUGGAUCCCCGGGCUCGAGUGGCUCCAACCCGCGGAAGUUCAGCGAGAAGAUCGCGCUGCACAACCAGAAACAGGCGGAGGAGACGCGGGCCUUUGAGCAGCUCAUGACAGACCUCACCGUCUCGAGGGUGCAGUUCCAGAAGGUCCAGCAGCUCCGUCUGUCACAGAACCGGGCACAGUACUACGGUGGCUCCCUGCCCAACGUCAACCAAAUAGGCAAUGCCAGCACUGAUUUCCAGGGGACUUUUCCCUCCGGGCUGGACUCUGUGCGAGGGACCAGACACCAUGGUCUGGUGGAGAGGGUCCAUCGAGACCGCAAUCGGAUCAACUCACCGCACCGCAGGCCCAUUGACAAACACGGGCGGCAGGCUGAGAGCUCUCCAUAUGGAACGAUGUACCUUUCUCCUCCCCCUGACAACAGCUGGAGAAGGGAGCAACCGCCAUGGACCGAAGAGAAACGACCCGGAUUUAGAUUAAUAUCACAGCUUAACAGAACAAACUCUGACUCAGCUCUGCACACCAGUGCCAUGAGCCCAAACCCACAGGAUCCUUUCAGCAAGAACCAGCAGAUGGGCAGAGGACCUCCUCAGCGAAACGCAAGCAUGAAUGAAGCAGAGGUGGACAAUACUGGAGACGUGUUCUCAUUUCCUGCUGUCCCUAAUGAGGAGAAUCUGCUUGGAGUGAAUAAGCCACUGCCCAAACAGUUAUGGGAGGCCAAAAAGGUGCAGUCUCUGUCCUCUCGGCCAAAGUCCUGUGAAGUGCCUGGAAUCAAUAUAUUCCCAUCUCCAGAGCAGAAUGCCGGUUUGUCUCACUACCAGGGCACGUUAAACACUGGCGGGUCUCUUCCUGACCUCAGUAACCUGCACUUCCCCUCUCCGCUGCCCACUCCGCUGGACCCCGACGAGGCUGGAUAUCCCAACCUGAGCGGAGGCAGCAGCACCGGCAACCUCCCCGCAGCCAUGAUGCAUCUGGGCAUCGGAAACUCACAAGGGCUGUCAUCCUCUCUAAGCAACCCUUCUAUCCAGGCGUCCCUCACCAACUCUCAGCUGCACUCGUCUCUUAGCAAUCCGUCAAUCCACACGUCUCUGCGUCUCUCCUCGCUGUCCAACCCUCCUCCGACAGGCAUGGCGAGUUCACCCAGGAGACGGCCGGCCCCCAUUAGUCCCCUGACACUCUCUCCAGGGGGCGAUCAGAGGCGAAGCCUGAGCAAGCAGCUCUCCCCGACAAUGUCGCCCUCUCUGUCCCCGAUCACACAGGGGGUUGCUUUGGACACCAGCAACUUGCCGAUGGAGCCUCCCCCUCCCUACCCCCUUUACCAGCAAACCCAGCAGCCCCUGCAGCAGCAGCAGCCUCCUCAGACCCAUCCGUCUAUGCAGCAGAGCUCCCAGCAUCCAGGGGUGCAGCAACGAGCAACAGGUGGCCAACAGCAGCAGCAACAGCACCAGCCCGUGUCCCCGCUGCAGAACGUCCCACUCGACUUUAAUUCCAGCGCUCACAACAGCUUGGGAGCAUUUUUCAACGAUCCCUUUAUGGAGCACCAGUUUUCUGGACGUCAGUCCAAGUGUUCGUCCUAUCAGCAGGAUCAGUAUAAUAUGUUAGAGAAUGUCAUGAGCUCUAUGGCAGGAGGAUUUGACCCCUCCUCCAACCUCUACUGCUCCCAGACUGCCCUCAUGGGCUUGGGUGGCAGUCAUGGCAACCUGCAAGACCACCUCCAGAUGAGACCCAACAUGCUGUACUCUAAUUGUGGAGGAGGAGUGCCCAACAUCAUCCUUACAGACGACUCCAAUCCCAGCCUGUCUAAGGACUUCAGCAGUGUGUUGUCCGCAGUGCCCGGGUGUUUGGACUCAGAAGGAGUUUUUCCACUGGAGGAUGAACUACGUAUCGAGCCGCUCAGUUUAGACGGACUGAGCAUGCUCAGUGACCCCGAUAUGGUCCUCCCUGACCCCUCAGUAGAGGACAGCUUUCGCAGCGACAGACUUUAAAGAGCCACAUUAUGCAUGUAUGCAUGCAUACAAGUCCAUGAUGACUAAAGCACAGAAACUAUAGCACUCAGACUUCUUUAAACCAUAAAAAGAUCUUUACAUUUUCCUAAACACAAAAGUGCAUGCAUAAACACUACAUAUUGAUAUAAAGCGAAUCGUCAUGCUCGUAUGAGUCACCCAGACGCCGUCUCUCAGUGCUCAGCAUGCUCCAUCUGCCUCCCAAGACGCCGCUCAUCACUCAGCAGAUGUGUGAAGCCAAUCUGGAUGCUUCACAUCACAUGCUUUGAUUUGUAAAGACAAUGAAACAAACAAACAUGAACCUGCCGUCUAUCCACUCCUUGUGCUGAGCGACAAUCAGAACACAGAAGCCAUAGCAAUGCCAAACUGAUGACUGGAUAAGGCUGUUGCAUUGCUGGUCUAUUUCAAAGCCAUGCAACCAAAACAAAAUGAAUGUGCUUGUUUUACACAUUGCUUUUGGAUGUUAUUUGAAGGUCACAGCAGCUUUCAGUGACGUUUCGACAGCAGCGGAAGGAUGGGACGGUCCUGAAUGCAAAGACGGUGAAAAGAUGACAAUAUGACGUGUAAUGGAACAGAAGGAGUCGACAGCCGGCCUAAUACCAGCCCAUAUUGAUGCACCAAAUGCUGUGAUACAAGACACCAGCAGGAUGGGUUGAGCUUUUCCCCUCGCCUCGCCACGCAACCCAAACUCUUUAUCAGUACCAAGACCAGAACAGGUCCUGAACCGUCUGGUUCGGGCUACUGAGUAGCAGACACAUCUAAAUUAACCAGCAGACUCUGGUGUCACUGCCUGAAGCUUGGAGCAUGCGCUAAGCUAACCGCAUGAUAAUGCUGUGAUUUUCUGACCAAUCAUCGAUCACUUUACUGGCACGUAUGUGAGCCAAAGCCACUCUUAACACGCUCAGUCCAUCCUUCAGAAUGUGGCCAGUCCCCCUUAUUCAAAUGACAGAUUGAAUUGAGUUGCACCUCUCCUCCUGCACAGUCGCGUACUAUAAAGAGAGGAGAAGUGAAGAUGAUGUGUAUAGAGCGUUAUUUUGCAUAUUUUUUGUAUACAAAGAUAAAAGAGCGCUUUGCCACAUAUAUAUGCCUCACAAUUUUCUGACUAGAAUGUAUUUUUGAAACCGAAAAAGGGCAAACUGUUUACAAAGGUAAAAUUUAAGAACUACGAAUUGUGAGUAGGCGCUGAACUUUUUAUGAUUUUUGGUAUAAGUCUAAAAGAAAAACCUUUGUAUCGUGCUGGCAUUGAUCCAGUCCAUAGUUAGUGAAGCUUUGGCUAUGCAGAUCUUUAGCACAGGACUGUCUCAGAUGGCUGGAACAAUCUAGACCAUAAAAAGGAACUAUUUUGCUUGUAUAUUUACUAUAUCUUUGUGCUUAUUUCAGAUUUUAUACAGAAUUGUAAUGCGGCUUCUGAUAUGUCCGUUGUAUUUGUACUUGUUAAUCUGUUCAUGUUCUCUCCUUUUGGAAUUUUGUUGUGGACGUCGUCUUUUGUGAAAGUUUGUUGUGAUGGUAUUUCUCACCGUUGUUCAGUAUGGGCCCUCUCUCUGCAGCUCUGAUCCUUGUGAGGGGUUUUAUGAAAAAAAAAAAAAACGUCUUUAAGAGGUUUGAUCUGUGGACGUGGAACACAUGUAUCAUUGUUAUUGCUCAUGUUGAAGUUUGCACUGAUCUGAACAAAAUUAAUCUUUUGGUUUUAAGCAGUAGUUUUAUUUUGGCGAAGAUGUCAUUUGCGAUGAGGCGAAGACGUUGUCUUUUCAGCAUGUUAUGCAUGUGAAUGCAGUAUAUUUUGUGAAUUACUAGAUUCAAAUGACCAAAUAUUUUGAGAUGAAGAAAGAUAUCUAAAUAUAGCUCAGGAAUGCUUUUUUUUUCACCAUAUCGUGAGUGGUUUUAUGCCCAUCUCUUGCCUCUUGACUGCCAGAUCCAGGUAAAAAUGUUCUAAUGUUUUAACCGAGGUCCAGAAAUCCAAAAGGCACUCUUCUCUGUGUUGUUAUCUGUGUAGCUUUCUAUUCCACUUCUGGAGGUUGGUAAUAGAAAGCAAUAACAAUGUUAUCUGUGUGCCAUGUCCAAAAUUUGUUUUGUUUUGUUUUUGCCAUGUAUUUUUGCAUUCAUCCAGGUCAUUUUAGAGUUUUGAGUUCAAAAGCAUCUUGUUGGUCAAAUCAAUUAAGUCGCUUUUACUACAAUUCAUACUUCUUUUUUUUUUUUGUGCAUUGUUUAUUGUGGUCCAAGUAGGUGAGAAGAGAAGAUGAUUGACACAAACAGAGAUUAAGGUGUGGUGACAUUAGCAACAUUUGGUGGGAAAAAAGGUCUAUUAUCAAUGGUGUAGCGAUGUAUGAAGCACAAAAGUCACUUUCAAACCAAGCAGUUUUCUGUUGUUUGCAAAAAAUCUGUGUGGCCAACUACAAACUCAACUUUUGCUGAAAUUCCCUGUUGAAAUGACUGGAUUUAGCCCAUGAAAAUUAGCCAAAUGUUGUAAAUGUGACCCCACCUUUAUAAUUUUCUAUAUUUAAGCUUUCGUAAAAAAACAAACAAAAAAAAACAUAAUAAAUCUGCUCCCCUAUGUACAAAAGGCAAAACAAGAUUGGGCUUUCACCCCUGCAGCUGCAGUUUCUUUGUUUUGUAACGUUGUUCUUUAGGUGUGUUUGCACCUGUUAUAAAAGAACAUGAUGUUUAAGAGUCAAGCAGGCAGAAGUGUUGAGAUUGUUUUGAGAAAAAAAAUCUCUUUAUAUAACUAACAUUUUUUAUCGUUUCUCGUUCUGUCAUCUCAGUUACCUCUGAAGUUUUUAUGGAUAUUAACAGUGGCAUCACAUUUUAAGAGAUGAGACGUUCUUCAGUGGUUUCAUUGGGUCUGAUGGUUUGUUUCUGUCCCAUCACUCUCUCACUCUCUCUCUCUCUCUCUCUCUGGGAGGAGGUUUUAUCUUCUCCUGCCUUAUUCUUGCUCUUGACCACUUGCUGUCCCUCUUGAGUGUACUGUGAUAACUUUUAUUUUUAUUUUCAGUUUCCAGGCCCUGUGCUCAAAUGGCUAAAAAAAGGUGUUUAUUGGCUUUUUUUAAUGUAGUCUUCAUAAUAAGAUAUUAUUAGUUUUUUUCUUUUUGUUUGUUUAUAGAAGGAAUCCUUUUUUUUCUUUUUAUGUUUUUGUUGUCUUUUUGUCACCUUUUUUUAAAAAAUUGUACAGUUAUAUUAUUUAAAAAAUAUUUUCUUGUCCACUAGUGUUACUUCCUUUUUUUUUUCUUUUUUUUUUUUGUAAUAUACCAUAUUCAAAUCUUUCUUUUUCUGAUAUUACAGAUUUACUAAACCAGUGGUUUUCAAUCCUAAACCUAGGCACCCACAUCAGCACAAAUGUUGUAUAUCUUCCUUAUUUAACACCUCUGAUUCACAUCAGCAGAAGAAAUCUAUGAGAGAUAUACCAAAUACACAGUGCUGUGAGUUUCCAGAACCCAGAUUGAAAACCUCUGUACUUUACCACAAGGCGUUUGGUUUGUGAAGUAUGUUAUAGUGCUUUCCUUUGAUUUAAUAUAAACCAAUAAAAGAUUACUGGCUCAGA